AUGGUGAAUGUUCCUAAGACCCCCUGGACGUUCUGCAAGACACGUGGCAAGCACCAGCCCCAUAAAGUGACACAGUACAAGAAGGGCAAGGACUCUUUGUAUGUCCAGGGAAAGUGGUAUUAUGACAGGAAACAGAGUGGGUGUGGUGGGCAGACUAAGCCUAUUUUCCAAAAAAAAAAAAAAAAGGCUAAAAGUACAAAGAAGAUUGUGCUGAGGCUUGAGUGUGUUGAGCCCAACUGCAGAUCUAAGAGGAUGCUGGCUAUUAAGAGAGGCAAGCAUUCUGAACUGGGAAGCGAUAAGAAGAGAAAGGGUCAAGUGAUCCAGUUCUAA